AUGUCUUUUGAAAGUUCUACCAAAGAUCAUGGACAAAAAAGAUAUCAAAUUGCCAUCAGUCGAGAUGGAAAUUAUGCUGUCACAUUUGAUACAGAAACCCUUCAGGUUAAAAUUUUAAAAAAUACCGAUCAUCGCAAAUUUUUUACCUCCAAAGUAAAAAAGAACGUCGAAAGUUCUGAACAGAAUGUUUCCAAUGGAAUCGAUGAAAUUGAUAAAACAGUUGCUAGUUUACAAUUAAAAGAGGAUUUAUUUAUCGCUGAUAAGAACGAACGUCUUACGCCCAGAACUUCGAAUGAUGUCCAAUGGUCGAUCGAUAUAUCCAAUAUAGACGAGGAAAAUUUUAUUUUUAUAGCAGUAUCUCGAUUAGACAAAUUUAUGGAAAAAACGGGAGAGAAUAAUACACGAGAUGAAAAAGCUAAAAUGGUUGUAAAAAAGUACUAUAAUGGAAAUAAUGGAGAUGCUCGUAUAAAUUGUAUAAAUUGUAUCCCGAAAGAUUCAACAGAUUUUGGAACCGCUAUUUAUUGUCUUGAAUUAAAAAAUGACGAUCAAGCUGAUAUUAUUAAAUCUAAUUUUAAUAGAUUAUCAGGAAUUUGUAAAUUUGUGGAAGCUAUGAAUCCAGAAGAGUUUGAAAAUGAUGUUGAAUCAGAUUAUAUUUUAAAAAAAUUUUUAUUAUUGAACCAUAAUGGUAUAUAUAGCUUUAAAUAUAAUAAAAAGAACAAAUCUUUUAAUGAUGUAGAGAAAUUUAAUUAUCCUGAUAUCGUUACGAAAGAAUUUAACGCUUUACAUGAUUCACCGGACAUGAAUGAAAUUAAAGUUACGCAAGAAAGUAUACAGGAUUACAUGAAUCUAAUCCUUUCACACAUUAAUAAAAAAUAUUUUUUAGUUGAAGUCAAUAAAGUUCUUGAAGUUCAUGAUCUGACAGAAAUGAGAUUGAAAACCAGUGUUAAAUCCAUUUAUAACAAUAAGUACAAUAAUUACAAGUACAAAAAAGUUUACUCGAUUGAUAAACAAAAAUUACAAAUUUGUAUUUCUCUAGGACCUCAAACUAUUGGGAUAUUCCUUAUGGAGCAUGGAUCGGAAAUCGCAAUUAAAACAUUUGAAAAAAUUAAUAUCCUUUUAAUUGAAUUCAUCAACAGUGAUGAGAAAUUACUUUUGAUUGGCAGUGAUACAAAAAAUAAUAAUGAUCUAAAGAUUAUUAUCUGGGAUAUAUAUGAUACGGACAAUGUUGAAACAAUAGCAUUAAAAAAACUUACAACGGAACAUCUUAGUACUUGCUUAGCUAGUACUUCUGGAAAUCUUUUGCAAGUUAAUGAUGAAGGGAAAGUUACAUCAAUUCUCAAGAUGAUUGAGACCAUAACGAACAAAUUAAAGAAUAAUAAUUCAGAAAAUUCAGAUUUUAAAGAAUAUAUUCUCAACAAUAAAGAGCCAUCACCAUCUAAAAAAUUAGGAAAUCACACUAUAUACUUUUAUGAAAAUUAUGUAAAUGAUAAUAAUUUCGAGCCAGCAGUUAAAGAACCUGAGCCAUGGGUAACAAAACAAUAUGAAAAAAUUUCUUUUUAUCUUUAUAAUAAUCAUUUAGAAGUCUUACAACUUAUAGUUGGCAUGUCUACCAUUCAAAUAUGGCAUCAAUUCCAUGAUAAAAAUAACGAGAAAAAAAAUCUUCCCAAUGAAGGAAAACCGUUUCUUGAAUUUAUUUGGACGAAUGGAAUUCCAGAAAAUCAAGAAAAUGAAUACCACAAAUUACAUAUUUCAAAUGUUCGAUUUGGUUCGAAAUUUUUUCGUUUGGAGGUUUAUUGGUACGAGAAAGAGAUGAAUAAUCAGUUGAAUGAAGAGUAUAGACUUUCGAAAGAAAUAAUUACCGAGAAAAUGAAAAAUAUGGAAGAUAUAAAAGGAAUGAAGAUCAAGAAAAAAAUAAUUGAAUGGAAUGAUAUCAAUGAAAACGCAAAAGGAAUAAGAUAUGCGUGUGAAGCAUUAGAAUCCCUUAAUAUGCAUGCCAAAUCUCUUACAAGUUAUGAUAAAACACAUAAAUAUAAUGAGAUGGUCAAGUAUAUUAAUCAUAUAGUCUGGAGAUAUACUGCAAAACGACCACAACGUUAUAGAUUACUAGAUGUUCGUUAUCGUAUUAUGAAGAACUUAAUUCUUGGUAAUUGUAAUCAUUUAAUUCAUUAUCUCUUAUUUGGAUUCAGCAUGGACCUCUAUAUACCAAAACAUUAUAAACCAAAUGAUGCAAUGAUUGUUACAUAUAUUUUAGAAUAUUAUGUACUGUAUGCUGAUGAUUUUGUUAGUUUGCUAAAAACGGUUUCUGAUGCAUAUUUUUUAUUGAAUAUAUUAAAAUAUGAAGAGUGUACCAGAAUGUUAAAAAAUGAGUGGCACACAUUUGAGAAAGAUUCCUCGAAGGAUAGCAAAACUCUAUUCGAACAAUUUCAACUUUUAAUAUCCAAAUUAAAAUCACCCGAUUAUGACAUAAAGAGUUCCAGGCUCAACAAGGUUCAACGAAAUUCUGAUUAUACAUUAAUACUUAAACAUAUUCUCUUGUUUUUAUUUAUACCACGAUGGUAUAAAACAAAUCAAGAUGAAUCAAAUUUAAUUCCAUAUGAAGAUAUUGAUGACAUGUUUGAUCUCCCAGUUAUCGAAAAAACUAUUCAACAUCGUUGGCCAAGUGCAAAUAGUUACGUUUUCUUUCUUUUUCUUCGAUUUUUUACGUUCGGACUUUGUUUUAUGUUUAUUAGUUUUGUAUAUAUUGGUGAACUCGGUGAAAUUUCUGCCAAGGGACUUGAAUAUUUUAUAUAUUUAUUAAUUGGUAUAUUCUAUUAUUUGGCAAUUUAUCUAUUAAUUACUGAAUUAAUGCAAUUAACUCAUCAUGGAUUUAUAAAAUAUUUGAGCAUAGUAUUUAAUUGGUUUGAUCUACUUUCAAUUGUAAUUCCUGUGGCUGUAAUGACAGCAAUACUUAUUAAAUCUUCUAAAGGCUUUGGAAGUCCUGAAGCAAAAGACUUGAAUUUAAUUGUGGGAAUAUCUUAUUCAAUUUUAAUCAUUUGGAUACAAUUAAUUUUAUAUUUCCGAUUGAUACCAAUCGCUGCAUACUUUUGGACUAAUAGUAAUUGGAUUCAAAGGGAUCUGUAUACUUCUUGGUCUGUUGAAAUAUUUACUAUAAUUGCUAGCAUUUUGAUUGUAAUAAUCUUGCAGAAUAUGCUGAUUGCUAUCAUGGGUAAUGUUUAUGAAAGUGCGGCGGCUAAAAGUAAGCAAGCCGUAUUAAAAUACAAAGCAAUACAAAUAUCAGAUUAUGAAGAUUUGCAACAUCGCUUUGAUUUUUGGUAUCAAGAUCCAGACUUUGUUCCUUCUAAAGAACAUGCUAGAAAUUUUAAAAAUGCCAUUCAUCAAGAUAAAUAUAUAUCAGAGUUUGCUAAAGAUCUAGAUUACGAUCAAGAUUCAAUUUGGAAAUUCGAAUGA